UUUGCAAGUCAUUGCAGGCUGUCAAAGUGCAAGCAUUAUAUUAAAGAACGUACAGAGCGUAGUUGCGAGGUGGACUUUCUCUUUCUAUCGAGUCGGAAUUAUCUGUGCUAGAAGCAGCAUGAAUCCCAGCUUUGAAGAAAUGUGGAAUGGUUCCGGCUCCCCGACGGGCAAUGAGCUGGAUGGCGACAUAUUCGCAUCGAUGCAACCUUAUCGAGUGCCCCUUGCGACAGCCGCGGGCAGCGAUGCGCAAAUGGCGAUGGCCUACAGGAAGGCGCACGCGUGGAACGUUUACGAGGCUACAUACGAAAUGGAGAUGAUUAGCACAAAGACCAUUUGCAGGAAGUGCCUGUUGCACGUGAAGGUCUGUCGCACAUAUGGCCACAACCUGAAAAAGUACGAGACAGACCUGCAGAUGGCCAAUACAGCUGAAAGCUGCAGAAGCAGAGACAAGAAUUAAAGGGUAUUCAAAGAACACAAUUC